AGUUCAGUGGACAGUGUCCCCCUAACACACACACACACACAGGCACACACUAGACCACCACCGAGACAGCAACAGCUUUCCUCCUGUAAGCCACUUCCAAUAAUCAGAGAUGGCGAUGGACAGCUUAGAAAUGAACGGCGAUGCUGAUCGGGACGGGGAGACGGAGGUUCCACUUCGGGGUCCCAGCAAACGUCAAGGCAGACCCUUAAACAUGAACCACUACGCCAACAAGAAGAGCAUGGCGGAGAGCAUGCUGGACGUGGCUCUGCUGAUGGCCAACGCCUCACAGCUGAAGGCCGUGCUGGAGGAAGGCCCCGCCUUCUCUUUCUACGUGCCGCUCGUCGUCCUCAUCAGCGUCUCGCUCAGUCUGCAAAUCAUCGUGGGAAUUCUGCUCAUUUUCAUCGUCAAGUGGAACCUGAAUGACGAGCGCAUGCACUACAAGCUGAACAUCAUGGAGAACGUAGCCACGGCCUUCGUCUUCAUCAUCGUGGUGGUCAACGUCUUCAUCACCGCCUUCGGCGUGCAGCGGCCCAACCCCAGCCAGUGACCUUCACCGGCAACCUCAUCGUUGCUGGCGAGAUGUUUCCUCUGCCUGCAAUUAAAGCGACAGGUACACACGCGGGUGCGCUUCUUCUGGAAUUUGACCUGGUGGGCUGGAGGAGAGAAAAUGAGGACGGAAUGACCGGACAGGAUAUCCUUCUCCGGCUGAAGCUGAAGCAACCUCAGGUCACUGAUACACCAGCGCCUGCCUUCUGUUUUCCUACACAUCUCUCGUUUUUCACAUCUUCUACUUGGAUACCAGGCUCUCCAGCGUGCGGCCCAGGGGUUCUUUGGAGCACGCAGGUUAUUUUUUAUUGGACCGUGUAUACUGUAAACCCAGGAAAACCCACUUAAGUCCAUAACCCGUCUUCCACCGUCUUUUUAUUACUGCAAAAUUAAGUGCUGCUUAAGUCGACAAACAUGGUCGACAUCAUUUGAGACCCAAAUGGGUCAUGUCGAUGAAAAAUGUUGAUUAAUUAAUUCAGCAUGAAACAUCAUAUACGUAGCUACACACAGUGACUUCCGGUGAACUUCAAAAUAAUAGCAUGGCAGUAUGAACUGGUAUUCUACCUCAGGGGCAGGGACAUGUCUUCCACUUAAUACAAAACAUCAGAAUGUAAGGAGAAAAAGUUCAAAUGUUGUCUUUGAAUAUAUAGACUAUACAUCUUCAUGGCAGGUCUAUGUGACUUUUUUUUUUACAGAAAUUAUUUAAUGAAAAAAUACAGCAAUUACAAAGAAGAAUUAAGAAGAAUACAUUUAAAAAUGCAAUAUGAAAAUGGCCCUAAAUGAGAUUUUUUGGUGUUGUGUGUAUUUUUUGGCAUAUAAGAAGAAAUGUAGCACUUUUCCUUCACAGCUUUAUUAUUGAUAAAAAAAUAACCUUCCCUUUAGCAUAUCUGAAGGAUCUUCCAAGACGGAGUUAAAUGACUUUUUCUCUGCUACUGUAUAGUAUAUUUCAUGUACUUCAUGUGUCUUCUGUUCAAUGACUUGUUGCUUUUGAAGGAUUUUUACUAUAUGAUGAAGUAUGAUGAAAAGAUGAGUUUGUUAGUUUGUUUAUUUUAGUGGCACUUCAUCUACACUGCAGGCAUCUUGCAUCACAAGAGUAAAAGAACAUAGACACAAGCACAAGAAAUGAAAUACAAACACAUAAUAUUGUGUGUAAUAUGAACAAUGAUAUAGAAACUGAUAAAUGCAAGGAAUCGAUGUGUUCCUGUUUAGUUUCAUAAAGCACCAUCGAUGAAUCAAUUAGUGUAAAAGCUCCAACCAAGCCUGUUGAGUCUCAAUGAAUUUGCUUGGUAAA